GUAUUACUCCAAUACAAUAUUUAAUUUGAAAGAUCUAUUCAUAAAGUGUCAAAAAUUGUAUAUAUCUAAAGGAAAGGAUGUAUCUCCCAAUAAAUAGCAGUGAGAAAAUAGUCAGCAAAAGUACAUGACAUGGUUCUAAACUUCUGAUGGGGUUUCUGCAUUUUUCUUAGUAACAUCGUAAUAAAAAUUUAGAUAAAUUAGUUUGUUUUGAAUAUAGCCAAGCAUUUAGCGACUUUAUUUCAGCAAAGUAUUGCUACAACACUAUAGCAUGCACACAAUCCAUUAAACUUAAAAAGUUGUAAAAAGUAAACUUAUGUAGCGAUACUAUUUGAUAUGAAUAUAUUGAAUUGUCAUCGUCUCAAAAAAUAAGUUAUUACUAUAUUGAACUUGACUUUUAUUGGCAGGCCAAUAAUAAAAGAAACACUCAUGGUAGAAACUAAUUAUUUAUACUACGUUGGAAUUGUAAGUAUUUCUUACGCUAAAAAAUUUUAGAAUAUAAUAAUUCUUGUUAGUAGAAAAAGUUAAACAACUCAAUAUUUGUGUAAACGAAGUAGAAGGAUGAUUGUCACUUCAAUAUAAUCAAUGUUUAAAUUAGGAUUUACUAAUACAAAGACUGCAUUCUGCACUCUCUGAGUAUAUUAACUAAGAAAGAAAGCAGAGCUGUUGUUAAGGUUGUACACUAAGUUAGUAUACCAAAUCUCCAACUUUAAUUACAAGAUUAACAUUGUAUAAGAACAGAAAUUAGAAAUUUAAAAUGCAAUAGUGUUUCCUUUGAUAUUGAUACGGUAAAUAAUUCACUUGUCAUUUUAGCGAUAGUGCCUGCACCACAUUUACAUAAUAACAAUCCUGGCAAUGAUUAAUUAUCAGCAACUCAUGUACAUAAAAUGCUCAAUUUUAGGAAUUCUAAAAUAAUUAAUAAGGUGAGAGAAAUCUCCAUAAGUUAAUGAUAUAUACUAAAGAGUUUAAGAAGCCUUGAAACAUUUUCAGAGUUAAAUAGAAAAGUAUUCUAUGUACUAUUUAGCAUAAUUCUUAUUUGUAAAAUGCAUCACCUUAGUUCUUAUAGCCAUCAUAAUAUGUAUCACAUUCGGAGUAGUUUCAAUUAGUAAUUAUCAAGAUACAUCAAGUUGAGAAGAGGAUCUUGACACUUUAUAAAUUGCCUUGUGUUUUUAAUUAAACAGUGAUCAUCCUAUUAGCAUGUAUUACCUUUAGUACACAAUUGUUUGGACAACCAUCAGUAAAGAUGGUUCAGAGCUGUCCAAAUUAAACAAAUAUUAUAUUUUUCACAUUAAUUACAAAUUUUUUUGGAAGCAGCUAUAGUAUUAAAACUAUCUAUACAUAAAACCUUUGUUGUUUCAUACCACAAUACUGAUCUCUAUAUUACUUGUGAUGUUGAUCUGGGCCUAAUCGAAGAUAUGAGACUAAAUUAGGAUUAAAUUAUGUGUAUUUAAUUAAGAACUCGUUCAGAUUGAAUACAAUCUAGAUUUGGUGAGCGUUGC